AUGGAUACUAAUUAUACCACAACCACUGUUACUACUACUACUACUACUACUUCAGAAUUUGAUGUGACAUUUUCAGACCCUAUUGAGCAUUACAUGUUUCAUGAUGAAGCAAAUGCUUUGAACAACAGUGUUUUGGCCUCAAAUGAGGAUUGGUUCUCUGGGAAUGGUGUGGAGGGUGGUAAAGCACAAGAGGAAGUUCCAAGAGGGACGAGGUACAAAGGAGUGAGGCGUAGGGCACAUGGAAAGUUUGCUGCAGAGAUAAAAGAUCCAAACAAAAGUAAUAGGAUUUGGCUUGGGACUUAUGACACUGAAGAAGAAGCUGCUUUGGCUUAUGACAGUGCAGCUUUCAAGUUUAGAGGGUCCAAAGCCAAGCUCAACUUUCCUCAACUCAUUCCACCGGUGGAUGCACCAAGCACCCACAUGGAUAACCCUCCUUCUUCAUCAUCCGCAUCUGAGGAUCGUUCAGAAGGAUCAAAGAAAAGGAAGGGACUAGCUGGUUUGCUGAAUAAAUUAGCACAUGAAAGAAACAGGAUUUGA